GUUCUGGACUCAGCCUGUUCCCGUCGACGACUUUCUGUGAGUGGGAGCAGUCAGCAAAACCAGGAAGAUUUCUACACGCCAAGUGGGAAGCGCACUGUACCAGUCUGCCAUCCACACUUUACACCAGUCGAGUUUAACUUUGAACAGAAACAGGAGUUCGAGCUCUGUCAAAUCGACGCCAUGGACCCCGCCAGCCAAGAUAUCAACCUGAACUCUCCUAACAAAGGCCUUGGUGUGGAUCAUUCAGACAGCAUGUCCCACGUGCCGGUGGAGGGAGCAGUGGGGAACUCGGCCAACCCUCUUCCACCCGGCCUGACAGAGGAAGAGGCAGAGGAGCUCCGCAGCGAGCUCACCAAGGUGGAGGAGGAGAUCAACACCCUGCGUCAGGUUUUGUCAGCCAAAGAGAGACAUGCCACAGAGCUGAAGAGGAAGCUUGGCCUCAGCCCGCUCAAUGAACUCAGGCAGAACCUCACCAAGAGCUGGCAAGAUGUACAGACCUCCAACGCCUAUGUGAGAACCACAGAGAAACUGGGCGAGUGGAAUGAGAGAGUUACCAGUUCGGAUCUAUAUCUGUCUGCCUCAGCCACUUUGGAUGACAUUACCCACUCUGAAGCAUACAAGAAGACUCAGGAGACUCUUUCCCAGGCGGGACAGAAAACCAGUGCAGCUCUCACCACAGUGGGCAGUGCCAUCAGCAAGAGACUGGGCGACAUGAGGAACUCUGCGACCUUCAAGUCAUUUGAGGAUAAAGUGGGGAACCUGAAGUAUAAGGUUGUCGGCCCCAGAGGGAACGGGGAGGCCGUCAACUCCCCCACCGACUCCACCCCCACUCAGGAGAACCCGCCUUUCUGAACACACCCCACCACCUCCUCUUCCUCCUCCUCGCUGCCACCUUCCUCACGACCUGAGACUGUACUUUUAUCACCUCACAUCGCAGAGUCAGCCCCGACCUUUCACCCUCCACCUCACCGACUCACCCCCACUCACUUGCCCCACGUGAACGCCAACAGGCGGAGGUGACGGACUCGUGGGUUUGAGGUGGGACGACACUGGUCCUGCAGCCUCCAUUCCUCUGCCUUGCUGUUGAAGACAAUGUUUUGUUGAUGUCUAAACCUGAAUAAUUUUCCAGACCUUGCUUUCUGUUACGUCACCUGCCUCCACUUCCUCCCCAGUUCGAUCCUCGCCCCCUUGUUAGUCCAGAUAAGUCGACACUCAGAGCUCCUGCACACGUCAGAUGCCUUUUCAAACAGAUUGUUGCUGUUUCUGCAAAUCACCCACCUAAAGAAAAAGCAUUAGAAGAUGUCAGGUUCUUAAACUAAACUUCUACUUCUUUCAUCUGGGGCGUGAGGUGUUUUAAAUAUAUUUCUGCAGUGAUGAAAUGAAGAGGGCGUAGUCCGACCCUUGACCUAAAGUGGCCAGAAAGCACCGGGGUCACUGCUGGUUUGGGAUCAUUUUUGUAGGACCCCCCCUUGUGGGUUAAUCUGGCCAUGACCAUACAUCAGACAUUUUCCCUGCAGGUGUGUUUUUCACUCCCAGCUCAGAGUUUAGGAACCAGGAUGUUUGCAGACUGAGGGGGGAGAAGGAUUUUAUGGGCAUAAACAUGAUCGUUUAUUUGUGUCUGCUUUGUUUCUGACUUCUGUCACCUCCGUAAAUCAUCCCUUCACACUGUGAGCACCUGCUAGUGUCACCAUAGUAACCCCCCCCCCAGCUUUUUGUCCAACUUGUGCCCAGUUGCCUUCACAGCUCUGGCUACACUCGCAGGUUAGAGGUUAGUGGUUUGACUGGGGGGAGGUGGGGGUGGUAGAUAUGAUCAAGCAACCCUCUCAGACCUACUACUGCUACAUGCAUGUGCAUAUCUCAUCUCAGUUGUAUCAUACCGACCGAGGUCUCGUGUAACACCCUGUAAACACCCCCGGAUGUAAAAACAAAACAAAAAAACCUUAAACCAUUUUGUAUUAUAAACUAUUUUACACUGCUUUGCAUAAUGUUUUUACAUAACUUUUAUCAAUAUGUAUAAAUAUAUAUGAAUAAAUAUAUUGUCACCGAUGCUGCCGAAUGGCAGUAAUCAGGGUGGGAGGUUUGUAAAAAGCAGGGGGAGGCUAAGCAAACUUUAAAAUGUGGAAAACAAACACUAUGGGUCAGUUUCACAGAUCUGAUUUACUGUCUGGAGUUUUUCUGUUUAAACUACAUCUGUGGUCUAAAAAAAAACAAACAACAAAAAGAAGAAGAAGUUUCCUCAUUUGUGAAACUGACUCAUGAAUGAGCUGCAGUCUGAUCAGACCAGGGUGAGGAGCAACGUCAUUUAACUGGUUUCAUUUGAUGAACGAGGUGCGUUUGAUCUGUGACGCAGCAAGUUAACGUCACCAAAACCAAGCGCUUCUUAAAGGUUGAACGUGUUUGGAAACCACUUUUCACCCUGGUUUGACUGCUGCUCCCUUCCUGUUGUUGACAUACAGAGCUCAGUGUGGGACAAUGCUUUGCUGUGUACACUACCUGGUGAAUGUCAGCGCUUCUCUGUCAGCCUUACUCACUUUAAAUGGUUCACCUGUUGUUUUAAUUUAGCUGAUAGAAGAGCAAUAUUUUUCUGUUCCUGUUUUCUUUUUCUUUUCUUUUUUUUUGUUAUGUUGUUCAGACUGGUUGGAAUGAAGGAAGGGGAGUUAGCAUUUAGACAUUUAGAGUCCGACAGGCCACAGCAUGUCAUGUAAAAAACAUCUCACUGCCAACAACCCCUUAAUGCACACAUGAACACACAAAUGCACUCCUGUUAACACACACUAAAUGCUACUAAAUGCCCCGAUUGCGCACACACACACACACACACACUGCAUGAGGAACUAACACGGAAUCGUUGUUGCUCUUAUCGUUGUUCAGCUGCACUGCCUCAACAAACACUCCGGGUGAUUUGGCAGCAGUUCCUGCAGACGUCAGGGCCUCAGGAACCUGAGCACAGACCUUCACCAUCACGUUUCUCUUAGUAGGUUUUUGAGGUGGUGGAAUUUUGUCUGUGUUGCCAAAAUUCAGUGCAUUCUCUCAAGCUGUCAUGUGUGGACAGGUGUUUUAUUGAGGCAGUAGAAUAUUGGGGUGAUUAUGAAUUGUUAUAUUUGGGAUCAUUAAGUGAUUUAAGCCAAAACUUCCCAGGAAGAAUUAAACUUAAACAGCAAAAGCCAUAAAUGCCUACAACAGAAACAUAAGGUGGCUAAUGUCGGUCAGUCUUAAGCUGCUGUUGAGGUGGAAAUGUUUGAAAAUUGCCCCAAAUAUUGCCAAAAAUCUUUUUUUUUUUUUCUCUAACCCAUUAAGCUAUUGCUAGAAUAUUGCCUCCAAAUGUUGCUCUUGUAUCCUGACUCGGUCUCAGUGGGCUGUCCGUAAAUGCCAUGGGUGGGCACGUGUUUUGUUGAGGUGGAAAUUGGGGGAAAUCUGAUUUGUUACAUACAUUAACAUGUUGGAUUGUUCAGUGCUUUAAGCCAAAACUUCCCAGGAAGGUUUAAAGUUGCAUGUAGACCAGCAAAAGAGCAGAAACUGUAAAAAAUUGAUGACCAGGUGAAACAGAAAUGUCUCUAAGUGACGGAGUUGGGCUACAAAGAACAAACAUGAAAUGAAAACACAGCGUGAAAACACAACAUCCUGUCAAACUACUUCAAACUGGUGCCAGUGUAUCAUAACCUAAGUGUAUUAUCUUGUUUUGUGUCUGUUUGUGUUGAUCAUUUUGGUAGUUAAUAUAUUCCUGUUAGGUGAGUUAUGUUUUCUUUUGGCUUUCUUUCUAUCGGGAGAAGUGGACUUAAGAAGAUUUGUUAUUUGUACAAUUAAUUUGCCGUCAGUUAAAAGCAAGUUGCCAAUAUUUAAAUAUCUGUUACAAAUUCUCUUUUCCUGCCUCUGAAUCUCAGAGUCUCAGACUUUCUGCUUUGCUGGGAUGAAAAUGCAAAUGCACCCUGCAAGACAUGUUAAUCUCAAGUCAUUUAUUUUAGCAUUCACUCAAAAAACCACCGUUAUGGGAAAUUUCAUUCAUCCACGAAGCUUUGGUAGGGAAGAGAUUUCACCCUGAACACAUUCAUUAAAGAAAAAUUAGAUUUAAAGACUGAAUGCCUAAUUAAACGACUUGUAAGGUUAUUAUUUCUGAAGUGUGGCUGUCGCCCGUUUAAAGCUGCGAUCAGUUUUUCGGACGCUGGUGGACGGGAAAGGAAGAUGUACUUUUGUUUAGGGUGUGCAGCACAUGACGAGCCUGCUCAGAGCCAGCUGCUGCAGAGGCUGGAGGACAGUAGAACACUUAUAGCUUUAUUUAGGUCCAGGGCCUAGCUGAUGUAGACUAUUAAAAGGGAUCAGAUUUGGAAGAUUAUGGUGAAUGAAUUAAAAACAGUUUUUGGUUUUGUUGUAUAUGUUUGGAUAUCAAUAAAGCAUUCCUUUAAAUGA